AUGGUUCUUUUAGUUUUCUUUAUCUUUGAAUUUAAAAAACUUUCAGAAUGGCGUGUACCUGACUCUCCAGAAAAUGUUCGUUGGAAAACAAAUGAUAAAAGCAUCACUUUGUGGUGGGAUCCACCAGCAAGCGCAGGGGAAAUCUUAGUCCGAGGGUAUACAAUUUCUUAUGGCAUUGGUACCCCAAGCCGACGAGUAAUCAUUGAAGGAGUCAAUACCAAUGCAUUUACGAUCAGCGGACUAAAACCUAAUACUACUUAUGUUUUCGCAAUGACCGCUUAUAAUGAAGCAGAAAAUGAAGAUUCCGAAAAAGUUCUAUUUACUGCCACUACCGAGCACGUAAAAAAUUUACAUGAAAGUCGAUUCUAUUUGGAAGCACCGAUUCAUGUUCAAGCAAAAACAAUUUCACCGAAUGAAGUUGAAGUUCACUGGGUGGAUCCCAAUGUUGCUUCUUAUCAGGAGCAUUUUUCUGAUCUCACCACAUUAUUUAACAAACGUAAAUACGUAAUACAAUAUGGCAAAUAUCAGUCAUUAACUUUUGAGAAGGUAACAUCAGCAGUGCCUCAUGUACUUCUUAACGGCUUGGAAUCAGAGACAGAGUAUGAAAUUGCAGUCAAGAUCGUGAUACCGAGUGGAAUAGAAUCAGCAUGGAGCCUUCGAGAAGUUGUUCGUACAUCGAAAAAUGAAAGCCCAUCAAAAUGGUUAGAUCAAAUGGAAAUUAGAUGUGAUUUCGAGAAAACAGAUGAAAAGUGCAUAUUCCAAUCUGAUUUGCAAGCUCCACUUCAAUGGACUAGGAUUCAAGCCAGUCCUAACAUGAAACAUGGGCCUCAUAGGCAUUCAUCAGGACAACACUUUAUAAGAUUACAAUCAACUGUAAUGGAUGACAAUUACGGUCGGCUAAUAUCAGCACCCUUGAAUUUCGAUGGUGGCACUGAAUAUUGUCUCGGUCUCUGGAUUUAUGUUAAGCCGUUUAGCAAAGGAACAUUCAGCGUAGGACUGCUUCGAAAAGUAGAAAAUCGUGAUAUUGGACGCAGUUUAUUUGUUGGCUCACUUAAUCGAAUUGCUAAAGGACGAUGGCGUCAUCUACUGCUAAAUUUGCCUGUGUUGAAUGCACCAUUUCAGGUGUCAUUUGAAGUCCGUAAGCAAAAGAGUGAUCGAUUUUGGAUUGCUUUAGAUGAUAUAACUUUAGUCUCUCGACAAUGUAUCUAUGAUUCAACUGCACUUGUACAGAACAAUGGUCGAUUGAUAGAAGAUAAUAGUAAUGAUCAGAAGGGACGAAAUGAAAACAAAUUCAUAUCCUCAAAAUCAGUAAAAUUAGCUCCAAGAGCUGCUCAGUUAAAGUGCGUGGCAUGAGU